AUGCGAACGUGCCAGCAGCGACAGGGCCCUGGAGAGCGCACUGCGCUCAGUCACCUCGCGCUGCUGCGUGCGCCCCCCGCGGCGUGGAGGAUGAACGCGCGGCUCUGCAACUGCCGGCGGCUUCUAUCUGCCGCCGCGCGGCACACCGCUACCAACUCGAAGAAUGAGGGCGGCGGCGGCGAGGGCGGUGGCGACGGUGGCGGUGACGAGGGCGGCGACGUUGGCGGCGGCGACGUGGGCGGAACACAUGUACAUGCGGUGCCUGCACGUCCGGCGCCGACCAAGCCUGCAACGGCGCGGCGGAUAUCGGUGGUCACAUUUGCCUCGGACGCCAACAGCGUCUUCUGUGACACGGUGUUCACGGCGGCGUUGCAAGGGCUCGACGUAACCGUCCUCGGCAUCGGCGAACCGUACCAGGGCAACUACCAAAAGCUCACUGCCGCACGCGCCCACCUCACCACGCUCGAUCCCGACCGCCUUGUUCUUUUCGUCGACGCCUACGACGUGCUGUUCGCCGCAAACGAAGUGGACAUCCUCGAGCGCUACGCAUCGCUGCACGUGCCGCCCGGUCGCGUCGUCUUUGGAGCAGAGUCAGGCUGCUUCCCCGACUGGAUGGCGCCGUUUGGCCGCUCCUUCUGCGAGGGUCGUUUUCCCAAGGCAGGUGGCGAGUACCGGUACAUCAACUCGGGCUGCUGGAUGGGGAGCGCGGCCGCUGCCUUUGCUCUGCUGACCGACCUGGCCGCCUACACUCCCGGGCGUGGCGUCGAUGACCAGCAGGUGGUGUCGCACUACUAUGUCCGCGCCGCCAGCAGUCAAUUUGUGCUCGACCGCAACGCCACUCUGAUCCAGUCCAUGCAUUUGGUCAGUGAAAAGGAUGUCACCGUCGACGCGCAGGCCCCGCGCAAUGGGAGUUCGUCCGUCACCAACAAACGCACUCGCUCCCACCCUGUUUUACUCCACUUCAACGGAGGGUCCAAGCCUCUCCAUGUGAGAUACCGACAGAGCAUCCUCCAGGCAGCUGGAAGCGGUUGCUCGAACAUUGCCGCACAGGCGUGGGUGACGAGCGGUGACGGCCGCCGGCUCGCACUGAAAGAUCUGUGCCCGGCAUUCGUCUGCCCAGCCAAAGGCUAG